GAGGAUUCGAGCAGACAGCAGAGCUGUGUCACCAACGUUCACGGUAAUGAAAGGGUUGGCGAGGUGGGAAAGCCCGAACGAUGCGGUCGUCCUUUUCCAGAAGCAGUGGAGGGUCCCAGACAUCUAGGCCCCGCCCUGCCCCAGGAUCUCCGGACACACAGGUCAGAAAAAAGCGUUGGGGGUCUGUGAGGCGCAGGUCUGCCAGCAGCGUGAGGUCCAUAGCUGCCCCUAGGGUUCAAGGAUCCAGCUGGCCAUGAGUUGACCCCAAUGGAUUUAGGACCUCACGAUCCUCAAGGACCCCAUGGUCAUCUUCAGCUUCUGGUAAGGCCCCUAUCUGGGGCCUUGAAGUUUGGUUCUGGGGGCAAGACUUACCUACUUGGGAGGGUCAUGCUGGCAAGGCCAACGAAUACGGCCCCGCCCACGGCCUCAGGGCCCACCCACUUGUGCUCCUCCCAUCUGGCCAGUUGAGGCUUUGGAGGAUGGACAGACUCUUUGCCCCGCCCACUCGUGUCUCCGCCCAUCGCCUUGCACCCCGCCCCCCGGACCAGGUACUGCUCCGCCCCUCCAGGUCAGGUACUGCCACGCCUCUCCAGGCCAGGUACGCCCCUGCCCGUUUGCCCGGAAGCCUAGUUCAGGAGCUGCAGAUUCUUCAGGCCUGGAGAUUCAGUUUCCUCCCCGAUUCUUGGGGUACCUUCAUAGCUGUGGACCAAAGGCUGCCUGAGCUCUGUGGCUUCCUACAAUCCAAGACUGGUUCCUGAGGGUUGGUAGUGAAGGAAGGAGGCAGUUCCGGCCUCGGGACGAUGACAGAAGUGAACACCACGAGCCCAGAGACCUCAAUGACUUCGGCUGGGCCAGAGGCAGGGGCUGGGGCUGGGAGCGCGUCCUGGCCCGCUCUGGUAGGUGUGAUUCUUGCGGCUGUACUGCUCUCUCUCCUCAUCGCAUUGGCUGCCAAGUGCCACGUCUGCCGCCAGCACCGUGCCAGCUAUUCGCACCGCCCACUGUCUGGGUCCGGCAAGAUCGUUCCUUUUGGGCUGCCACAAGAUGAUGAUAAGGAUGAUGAUGGCUUCAUUGAGGACAACUACAUCCAGCCAGAGGCUGAGGGCUCACGGCUGGGAGUCAGCGAGGCCCCCUUCUCCCUCUGAGUCAAGCCCCUUUCUCGCUGCCACUUCUUGCCCUCCCUUUACUGUCCUCAUCGAUGCCCAAUAAAUUCAGACCUGAAGACUGUGUAGACAGCUCUGCUCUGUCUGUGGUUGAGGGGCUGGGGUGG